AUGCAAACGCGCUCCAGCGAGCUAGCCGCAUUUAGGAGCGUUUUGUGCGUCGCAAAGUGUACUCGGAGUGUACGGCGUCCAGGCGCUUCACUUUUCCACUGAUUAUCGAUUUUGAAAAAUCGCGAUAUCAACCAAUCUUGAAACGUCAAUUUUUAGAUUUUUGGUACUUAAAUUACUCGUUUUCAUAAUUUUUUCUGUUUUUCAGUAAUGCCAGUUCAAGUUGAGGUCCCCCCAACCACCUACGAGAGACUGAAGCAGUAUCAGGUAAAUUUAGUUUUUAAAUUGUUUUUCUUUGUGAUUUUAGCCAUUCAAAACGUUAUUUUCUUGCAGGAGAAGUUCUCCGAUGCUCUCCGCAACCCGGAAUCGCCGGAUUGGUACAAGAAGGAGACCCACGAGUCUGUGAAGAAGGAUCUCCUCUGGGCCGCCCCGUACGACGCGAGAUUCCCGCAGGUUUGCCGGUUUUCUUCCGAAUUUUUUCAAAAAAGCAAUCUUUCAGGUCCGUAAGCAGCGUCAGUGCUUCGCCUACUACGUUGACUUCCACCGCUGCAAUGAGCUGAUGGGACAGGACUACAAGCCGUGCAAGUUCUUCCAAAACGUGUACAAGGACUUCUGCCCUGGAUUCUGGGUUGAGAAAUGGGACGAGCUUCUGUCCGAGGGACGCUUCCCAGCCAAAUUCGAUCGCUAA